AUGGAGUCCGAGCGCCGCUUUGAGAUUGAAGACGAGUAUGAGAAUGAGCAGCUGCUGCUGGACCUGGAGACAGAACUUCAUCAGGUCCAAGCUCUUAAAAAGCAGAUUCAGCAGCAACUAUGUCAGCUAUUGCAGGACCAGAAGUAUCUGCAGCAACAGCAGCAGCGCCAAACGCGUCAAAACGACAGACAAAAGAGUGGCGCUGCUACAGCACGUAUGUUGCAUCUUCAGGAAGAGGAGCGAAUACGACUUGCGAAUAAAGAAGCUCAACGCUUAAGCAAUGAAAAUAAGGUCAAAGAAAAGGCCAACGAGGUACAGCGCCGACAAGAGAUUGCCAUUGAAACGCAGGAUAACGAUUUGGAAGACUUAGACGCUUUUUUGAUUCGGGAUGCCUCCCAAUUUUGA